AUGGCAACCCGAGAUGAAGAUACCUACUGCUGCCCGCAAAAGACCGAUGAAAACAACACCAUAACUCAAAUAGACUUUGUCACUCUUGGAAUGUUCAUAAUCGAUUUUCAACCCCCAACUCCCCCCGUCCGUGAUGUACUUGGCGGAGCAGGUACAUACUCAGCGCUGGGAGCACGUCUGUUUUCCCCUCCGCCGUUGUCCCGCUCUGUUGGCUGGGUUGUAGACAAAGGCUCUGACUUUCCCAACAAACUCUCAACAUUGAUUGAUAACUGGGACACUGGUGCAGUCAUACGCGAGGAUUACGACCGUCUCACAACCAGAGGAUGGAAUGGCUAUGUCGGCCCAGCGGACAGGCGAGCCUUUAAGUAUACCACACCCAAGAAGCGCAUUACUUCGAAAGAUCUCACACCCAAUCUUUUAUUUUCCAAGUCAUUUCAUCUGAUUUGCUCCCCAACUCGCUGCCAGGAGCUCAUAACCGACAUCAUGUCAUGUCGCAAAGCGCUUGCCGCGCCGGAAGACUCGUACACCAAACCCAUAUUUGUCUGGGAACCUGUCCCUGAUCUCUGUACGCCAGACGAACUACUCAACUGCACAAAUACACUACGUCUUGUAGAUAUAUGUAGCCCCAACCAUGCUGAGUUGGCAGGCUUUAUGGGUGAUGACGGACUUGACCCCGAGACUGGUGAAGUGUCGACGCUAAGCGUGGAACGUGCCUGUGAACAGUUACUAGCCAGUAUGCCGCUGCAGUCAUAUGCCCUUGUUGUCCGAGCCGGAGACAAAGGCUGCUACAUCGCCAAAAAUGGUGGCAGAAAGCGGAGAUCAGGGCCUGGCAAGACCUUUAAAUCACAAAAGGCACUGAUACACGGUGCAUUGCAGCCCGACACAGACAUGGAAGCAUUGUUUGCUGGACUCUUGCAAGAUGACGAUGGAUUUAUCGCACGUGAAGAGAUUGAAGUUGACCCAGGAUUGGAAAGAUGGAUUCCCGCCUACCACCAAGAUGGCCGCAAGGUUGUUGACCCCACGGGAGGCGGCAAUGCCUUCCUUGGGGGAUUAUCAGUGGCUCUGGCUCGCGGAGAAAAGCUGGAAAACGCAGUGGCCUGGGGUUCAGUCAGCGCGAGUUUCGCAAUUGAGCAGGUUGGUAUGCCAUCGCUAGUUAGGAAUGAUGAUGGUGUAGAGACAUGGAACGGGGAGGAGGUACAGCAACGACUCCGGGAAUUCCACCGACGACUCUAA